UGUUUGUGAUGAAAUUAAUAUAUUUAAGUUACACUAUAUAUUACUUAAAAACGCAAAUAGUUAAUUUUUAAUUUUAACAUUUCGCGUAAUGUGCUAUGUUCUUAUUAGUACCCUCUAAAGUAACGUUAUUAAGUGGUAAAUAUAACAAUUGUUAUGGGCUCUUAUUCAAAGAAAAGUUCAGCUGAAUGGUUUAUCGACCAGUUAAAUGUAGAGAAUGCAAAACUCUUGGCUUUCGUCCUUGUUCUUGGAUUUAUUGGAUACCAUGGAAUAUUGCACCUACGAUAUGGUCCUGACUCAUGCACAUGGUUGUUAUCAUCUGGUCGGUAUAAAGGAGAUCAUGAAUGGCAGCCAUAUGGCUGUAUGCUGCAUAAAUACUCUAAGACAGAUGCACGAAGAUGUUUGCGUUAUUUAGCAUUUUGGGGGAAAUACAACAGUUUUGCAUUUAUAGGGGAUUCCAGGCUAGAACAAUUGUAUGAAUAUUUUAUUGGUGUUCUUAAAACUCGAGUGGAUAUUGAUUCAUCCUACUCAACCAAAGACCACCAUAUGCCGAACUACACAUAUGUAGAUAACAAACUGAGGCUAUCUGUUACAUUUAUAUGGAGCGAUGAUGUUUCUAGAACAAUGGUUGAGCAGUUUAGGACAUGGCAAUAUUCAGAUAGUCCUCCGUCUGUGAUAGUGGCUAGCACAGGAUUGCAGUUGAUAAAGAAUCGUAAUACAACCGAUCAAGCUCUAGAAGAUUAUAAAAGAAACCUCACACAGCUAGUUCAACCCAUAGAUGCACUCGCAGCCUGCAAGACUCAGGUCCUGUGGAAGUUAUUGGAGUCUGUUGACAUUACUAAGAUAAAAAAUGAUGUGAAGAUCACGAAUACUGAUAUUGAUGCGUAUAAUAGAGCAGCUAUGGAGAUUUUACAGCACAGCGCUAUAAAGCUUUGGAACUCGCCUCGCUUAGCAGCCGCCGCCGCUUCGUCAUCAGACGGCUUGUCAAUAAGCCCAACAGCAUUGAGGCACUCCGCGCAGAUCCUUCUGAACAUGUUCUGUAACGAUCACAUGAACUUCAACGACGGCACGUGUUGCGCUCAACCAGAGCCCUGCACCCAGUUACAGCUGUUGACGUUUGCUCUAUUCCUACUAUGUGCAGUGCUAGCCAGCAUACAAUACAUAUGGCGCUGGUCGCAGAACAUCAAACAGAGGAUAGAGGGAUACUCGUUGGUCAAUCAGAACGUGGUUGAAACACCAUCAGCGAUGGCAGCCCUCGCCAAGCUUGGCAUGAUCAUGGCAUACUUUUACCUGUGCGAUAGAACGAAUUUCUUUAUGAAGGAGAAUAAAUAUUAUUCGGAGUGGAGUUUUUGGUUGCCAGUUGGUUACGUGUUUGCUCUUGGACUAUUUUUUACAGACGAGUCCAGGUCUAGCAGUCAUUCGAGAGUACUUAAUCGGGACCAAACCAACGAAUGGAAAGGUUGGAUGCAGUUAGUGAUCCUCGUGUACCAAGUUACGGGCGCUAGUAAAGUACUCCCGAUUUACAUGCUGGUGAGGGCGCUCGUGUCCUCCUAUCUCUUUCUGACUGGUUACGGACACUUCUACUACACUUGGAAGACGGGGGAUACUGGUCUGGUUCGAUACUUCAGAGUGAUAUUCCGAUUGAAUUUCCUCACCGUUGUCCUGUGUCUAACGAUGAAUAGGCCUUAUCAGUUCUAUAGCUUCAUACCCUUGGUCUCCUUCUGGUACACAUUGAUGUUCGUAAUAUUCGCCCUCCCACCACACAUAACUCCGUCUUCCAGUCACACGAUGGAGACCAAACCGUACCAGUAUCUGUAUAUAGCUAUUAAAGUGAUCGGUCUCCUCACUAUAGUGACGGUCUUAUACAUGAGCGAGGUGUUCUUCCAGAAGAUAUUCGUGACGAGGCCCUGGAAGGCCUUGUUUGUCAAUGCAGAUGACGAUAUACAUCAGUGGUGGCUCGAUUGGAAACAAGAUAGGUACUCGAUGACGUUCGGCAUCAUGUUCGCGGCGGCGUACCUGGCGGCGCAGCGCGCGGGCGCGGCGCUGGGCGCGGCGCGGGCGGGCGCGGCGCUGGGCGCGGCGCUGCUGGCGCUGGGCGCGCUGGGCGCGCUGGGCGCCUACGCCGCGCUCACGCUGCUGUGCGCCGACCGCUCGGCGUGCGACGAGAUCCACAGCUACGUGUCGUUCCUGCCCGUGGUGGGCUACGUGGUGCUGCGCAACGUGUCGGCCGCGCUGCGCGCGCGCAGCUCGGGCCUGUUCCGCUGGUUCGGCUCCAUCACGCUGGAGCUGUUCGCGUCGCAGUCGCACAUCUGGCUGGCUGCCGACACGCACGGCGUGCUGGUGCUGGUGCCGGGCGCGCCCGUGCUCAACCUGAUGCUCACCUCGUACGUGUUCGUGUUCGCGGCGCACGAGAUCCGCAAGCUGACCGGCAUCAUUCUGCCGUACGCGGUGCCGGACGACUGGAGGUUGGUGCUGAGGAACUUUGCGAUCUUCCUGGCGAUACUGGUGCCGAUCGGUAUACACGAUGGUAUGUUUUGAAAGUCGGACGUAGGAAAGUAUUUAUUAAUGUUUAAAAAGUAUAUACGACAUAAAAGAAACGGCCCGCCGAUUACCCCAUACAGAAUUGAAGAUCGAUAAUUCGUGAUUUAGUGUCGAUAAUUAUUGCCGAUUAGACUAAAUUCAAUAAUUUGACAAGUGAUUAUCAAAAAUAUUGUAUUGUUCCUAUCAACUAUAUUUUAUUUCAAUUUCUCCUUAAACUGUUCUGACGUCACGAGCGAAUUGUAAUUUUGUAAGGCACAGAUUUUUACUAAACGGUUCACGACUAUUAUUAUUUAUUAAUAUUCAAUU